CAAAUCAGUCUGUUGUUGACGCCCACCUUCAUCCACCUCGCGCUUCUUCGUUGCAUCCUGCCAUGGCGGCAGAGGUUUCGCGCAAGAAAAAAUCCCGUUUCGCAUGCAAAUGCCUCAAUGUGCAAAUCAAGGCCUCGAAACCAGUCGGACCAGUACCGGCAGAGCUUGCAUCGGAGCCAGGAUUCACUCAGGUCUAUGUGAAGCACGACGGGAUUUCGGCGGCGCAUCCCCAGUUGACAUUGAGGAUCCGUUCUCGUGGCACGCCCAUUGAGGGAUCGUCGCGGUUCGCUCAGUUUAUGUCCUUGGGCUGUUUAGUUUGUCGGACCCUUGUAUAUCGUGCCUUUAUUUCUGCACCGUUGCAGACCAACUCACAUGCAAACUUGGCGACUCGAGAAGGGCCCGUUAUACCAAAGUCGGGAUGGGUGGAGGAUGAUGUGCUCAGGACGCCGUCGGGAUGGAUUGAGGUCUUUGAAGGAGCACUGACCGAAGCAGACAUAUCACAGCAAGAAGAAUCGCCACAGUAUUCUUCACUAUUCUCUCUCGUUCUUCCUCCUAUCGCUGCUCCACCGUUCCCCAAGUCGCCAACCCUGUCAACGCCAGAACCGACAGAACUUCAUUAUCUUGCAGCGUUGGAGCCCAUGUAUCCUUCCACUCCUGCUACCUCCGAUCCCGUCUUCCUUCGCCUAUCGAAUAUAGCUGCUAUUCAAUCUGAAAAGCUCCGAUUAAAGGCAGAGCAAGAAGUCGAUGAGAUCGUCAAGGUCAAGAUAGCGCAGUUGCUUCAAGCUGAAGAUGAACUCAAGGCGCAAGUCCAGGCUCUUGUAGACACAUACAGAGAAGGUUUACGUGUUGCAGAAGAAGAAGGUAACCCAAAGUCACCCACACUCCGUUCGUGGAAAGAGACCAGUUCCGGUGACUCCAAUGGAGCUACAGUUUCUGUACGAGACUUUGUCCCCGUGCAAGUGCCUGCAACAAGUCCAUCACGGUCACCACCUGCUCCUCGUGUUUCGACGCUUUCGGCAUCUCUCGCCACUUCGUCAUUUCACCACCCCCGGGCAAUCAAGGAACAAGCUCCCCAUGACGGGCGCCCUUCGUCUAUCGCGUCUUCAGUCACGCUCACGUCCGAGAAGUCCCACCUGCACGAAGAAGGCAGCACGGUGUUACAAUUUCGCAGAAAUCUUGAUGAUGGCCUUAAUACUGCAGCAAGUUACAGGUAUUUUGUCAAUCUUGAAGACGAAAUGGCGCGACAUCGCAAGGAAUCUGGCAAACAACCGGAAGAGAAGCCGAGAAGCGCAAGUGGGAGUGCACAGGCUGCACCCUCCGAGCCGGAAGCUCCGCAGUCGACACCUAGUUCCAAAGGCAAAGAACGGGAAUCACCAAGUAGCGGGGAGCGACCACCAUCAUUAAAGCCUAAGCGAAAGGUGACUUUUGAUGUCCAAUCGGAGGAGAGAUCUAGUACCGGAGACUCCCCGCAAUCACGCAUCGAUUCAGAUAUGGUCUUCGAUCUUGAAGAGGAGGAAGGAGGAGAACGUCCUGUCGAAGUCAGACCUGUAUUACCUUUGAUCGAGCAAACCGCACCUACCCGUCCAAACCGGCCGCGUUCACACAGACAACAGCCUGAGAUAGCCAGUUCGUUAUCAUCAUUCCGGCCUUUAUCUCUAUUAUCUUCUCCUCACCGUGGGUCUCCCAACGGCCUAUCUUCAUCCCCUCUUGCCUCUUCUGUCACGUCAAGAGUAGAACGGCCGUCGCCACUUCGGAUGGCGAUGUCGUUACCCGACGAGGAUCCGUCCAUCGCACGUGUAUCUCCUGGCUCUCCGAGGCGCUCCGCUCAGUCGCCACGGAAACUGAGUGAGAUACGGGAGGUUCCUCACGACAAGGGCAUUGACAUCGCUCGACCUUCUACUAUUGAAGGUAGUCUUCAAGAGCAGAUGGAUGACCACCAGCAGCGACAUGAUGAAGAGAUAAUGCGGCUUUUGGCCGCUGGGACGCCUAGCCAUCGCGCAGCGUGGAGUAACGGUGGAAAGGCUUGGGGACAAUUCUUGCAUCGUGGACGGGAACGUAUGUUUGAUUCAGAUGCCUUGGCAGAGGACGAUUAUGAAGUCGAUAAGAGACGGGAACAUAUCAAUGAGCACUAUGAAGAAGUAUUGGAUUCAACGCGAAAUGGCGUACCGGGCUCACUACCCGUUCGUAUAAAACCUCUCGUGAAACAGCGAGAAGUUCUCAGCUUGGCAUCAUAUAAGCCUCAAAUGAUUGGCGCUAGGGAGUGAUCCAUUCCCUCCUUCGUUUUGGUUCAGCUCUCCUUGCUUUCUUUGCACGUUUUGAAUGCGUACUCCGAGGGCGGAGUUACUGCAUACAAUCCAUUCAUCUAAUAUACCACUGUAAUAAUCACUGUAUAAGU